AUGGCUUCUCCCCGCCCUCACAAUUUCGGUCCUCAAGGAUAUCCUCUUGCGAACGGUGCGCCCCAGGCGGGUCCGCCACCUGGAGCGACGCCGCUUCUUCCCAACAAUGGACGAGUGAUUCAGAAUGGGCCCACCCGCAUUCUGUGUAUUGCGGAUGUUCGAGGAAAUCUGAAGUCUCUGAAUGACCUGGCCAAACAGGCCCGCGCUGACCAUAUCAUUCACACCGGUGACUUUGGUUUUUAUGACGACACUUCGCUGGAGCGCAUUGCAGACAAAACCCUCAAACAUGUCGCUCAAUACUCUCCUCUCUUGCCCGAAGGCGUAAAGCGAACCAUUGCACAGGUUCCCCCUCAGCAGUCUAUUAAGCAGCGUUUCACUCCGGACCAGCUACCCCUCUCCGAACUGUCUAUGCUUCUUGACAAGCGCAUUACUCUUGACGUCCCAGUUUACACAGUCUGGGGUGCCUGUGAGGAUGUUCGCGUGCUGGAGAAGUUCCGAUCCGGAGAAUACAAAGUUGAUAAGUUGCAUAUUAUUGAUGAGGCCAACUCGAGACUGCUGGAUAUUGGCGGUGUGAAGCUCCGUUUGUUGGGUCUGGGUGGUGCUGUGGUCAUGCAUAAGCUGUUUGAUAAUGGUGAAGGCAAGACAACCAUUGCUGGUGGUCAGGGUACCAUGUGGACUACAUUGCUGCAGAUGGGUGAAUUGAUCGAUACUGCCAACCGUGUUUAUGACCCAUCUGAGACCCGUGUCUUUGUCACCCAUGCCUCACCCGCUCGUGAGGGUAUGUUGAAUCAACUUUCCGUUACACUCAAGGCUGAUUUCUCGAUCUCUGCUGGUCUUCACUUCCGCUACGGAUCCUCUUACAACGAGUUCUCCGUCAACCCUUCGCUGGAUCACUACCGUGGUAAGCUCGCCGCCUCCAAGGCCUCUUUCAAUGAUGUCUGGGAGACUGUUCGGGGCGAGGUCGAGUCGGCUAUCUCAUCCAACGAUGCGCAGAAGACGCUGCUUGACAAUGCUCUUGAUGUGGUGACCAAGAUGCCUUCCAUCGCCAACGGCGGCAACCCGUUCGGUGGCCCUGUUGCUGCUGGUAAUGCUGCUGGCCAGGUGGAUGAAAGUGCAUUCAAGAAUAUGUGGAACUUCAACCUGGCGGAUGCCGCUUUCGGCUACCUUGUCUUGGAGAUUGAAGGAGGACGCAUCGCCACUGAGAUGCGGGCCCAGGGCUUCAACUUUGCUCACCGCAGUGGCAAGCCAGCUGUCGGUGGUGCCCCUCAGGCUAUCUCUGGUGGUCUCCCUGUUACGACCGCGUCUCCUGCCCCUACUGGUGCCGGACGCCCCGUUGUUACCCCCCAAUUCGGUCAGGCACCCCCUGCUCGGGCUCCUGCUCCAGGUCAACCCCAGGCCCAAGUCAAGGGUCCGUCUGCUCGUGCGUCCCCCGCUCCCGUCAUCCCCAAGGCCCCGAGCCCCCAGCAACCAACUGCGGCUUCGAGCCAACCUGCUAGCGAGGAAAAGGCUGCCGCCGACACCAAUGGCACUGCUCAAAUUGAAAAGACCGCCGACUCUCCUGUCCCCCGCGGUGAGAAGAAGACAAGUAACAUUCUCUUCCUGUCCGGAUUUGAAAACGAGCAGGCUGUCCGCGAUGCGCUCUCGGAGGAAGAUGCCACCAAGGUCGAGAAGAUCGAAAAGUACGGCAAAUUCAACCACAUUGUGACUUUCCCUACAGUUGAUGAUGCCAAGAUUGUGCUCGACCACCAGGCCAUCGAGAGCAAGAAGCCCUUGGCUCCCGGGGCCAAUCGCAAGAGUUUCAAGUUCUUCGAGCAGCGCAGUGGUGGUCGUGGACAGGGUAACGCCGGUACAUGGCAGAGCAGCACCCGAGGUGGUGCCAACACCGGUACCCGUGGCUACACCAGUGCCAGCGAUAGCGAAGGGGCUCGUCGUGGUGGAUUCGGAGGUCGCGGUCGUGGCCGUGGUGGGCGUGGUGGUGGCCGAGGUGCCUUCAAGGGAGUUGGCUCGAACGACUCCCCUGCUCCUUCAACCCCAUCAAACGACAAGCCCGCCCCCUCUGGCGAUGCUUAA